UUCGACCAAGAGGCUGGCGAGCAGGAAGAAAACUUCAGCCUCGUCUUUUUUUUGACAAGUUUAUUCUCUGUCCUCAUAUUCUGGCACCCACAGCGGCAUGACAAAGCAGUACAAGACUUCCCCCAAACCGCCCAGUCGUAAUUUUUGAUUUUGGGGCGCGUCUUAUUAUUUAUUUACCAAAAAAAGAAAAUGUCCGCCAGCUUGCUAGCGUAGCUAGCUAAGUUUUCGCUGGCGUUUCUACCUUUAGCUUAGCUUAGCUGCUCAAACCGCCUCGGUUGAACAUCUUAUCUGUGCGGUGUGGUGAUCCAGGAACACAAGGCGCUUUUCCUCCCCACCCAUUACCCCACUGUCAGGUUCCUGGCCAUGAGCGCAGCCUGAGUACCUGAGCGAGGCAGGUGUGGUUAAGAUGGCUGCAGAGCUUUAUCCUGCCAAGAAACUGCCCCCCGUGUCCGCCAGCGCCGUGCAGCAGUACCAGCAGCAGAACAUCAGCAACAACAACACCAUUCAGGGCUGCAACUGGCAAGGCCUGUAUCCCACCAUCAGAGAGAGGAACGCAGUCAUGUUUAACAAUGAACUGAUGGCGGACGUGCACUUCGUGGUCGGCCCUCCGGGGGGGACGCAGAGAGUGCCAGGGCACAAGUAUGUCCUGGCUGUGGGGAGUUCUGUAUUCCAUGCAAUGUUUUAUGGAGAACUGGCGGAGGGUGAGGAUGAGAUCCGCAUCCCUGAUGUCGAGCCGCCCUCCUUCCUCGCCAUGCUCAAGUAUAUUUACUGUGAUGAGAUCGAUCUGUGUGCUGACACCGUUCUCGCCACUCUCUACGCUGCUAAGAAGUACAUUGUGCCUCAUUUGGCUCGGGCCUGCGUGACGUUUUUGGAGACGAGUCUGAGUGCGCGUAACGCCUGCGUGCUGCUGUCUCAGAGCUGCUUGUUUGAGGAACCAGACCUGACUCAGCGCUGCUGGGAGGUGAUCGACGCACAGGCUGAGCUGGCGCUGCGCUCUGAGGGUUUCUGUGACAUUGAUGCUCAGACGCUGGAGAGCAUCCUGCGCCGAGAGACCCUCAAUGCCAAGGAGACGGUGGUGCUAGAAGCGGCACUGAACUGGGCCGAGGCUGAGUGCCACCGACAGGAGCUGCAACCCACCAUGGAGAACAAGAGGCUAGUCCUGGGCAAGGCGGUCUACCUGAUCCGGAUACCAGCCAUGUCCCUGGAUGACUUUGCUAAUGGUGUGGCGCAAUCUGGUGUGCUGACGCUCAAUGAGACUAAUGACAUCUUCCUUUGGUUUACAGCGGCAAGAAAGCCUGAACUUCCGUUCGUCUGCAAGCCUCGAAAAGGCCUGACGCCGCAGAAGUGCCACCGUUUUCAGUCAUGCGCCUAUCGCAGCAACCAGUGGCGGUACCGCGGACGCUGCGACAGCAUCCAGUUCGCCGUGGAUAAGCGAGUUUUCAUCGCUGGCUUCGGUCUGUACGGCUCCAGCUGCGGCUCGGCUGAGUACCAGGCCAAGAUUGAGCUCAAGAGGCAGGGAGUUACUCUUGGCGUGGCCGUAAUCAAGUACUUCUCCGAUGGCUCCAGCAGCACGUUCCCCGUGUUCUUCGAGUACCCUGUGCAGGUAGAACCAGACACGUUCUACACAGCCAGUGUGGUGCUGGACGGGAAUGAGCUGAGCUACUUUGGCCAGGAAGGUAUGACAGAAGUGCAGUGCGGAAAGGUCACCUUCCAGUUCCAGUGUUCCUCGGACAGUACCAACGGGACGGGCGUGCAGGGGGGCCAGAUACCCGAACUCAUAUUUUAUGCCUGAGAAAUGAGAGCAAACCAUUCUUCUGAGAGAGGAUGGGUAAAAGGUGCCACUUGACAAUCUAGAGCUUUGGUCCUGUAGUACACUCUUAAAAAAUGUUUCUAAACAGUGCUUGGCUUGAACCUACGUUAGGGGAGCCCAUGUCGAGUCCUAGUGAUCUACUGGCCCGGAGAGUUUAGUUCCAGCCCUAAUCUUACCAUGUAGGUAAUGGUCUUCAGCAGCUUUUGAAUAUUACAGCCAGAUAAUGAUGCUCAUUGCUAACAUUUGAACCGUUUGAGCAAAAUUAAUCCCUUCAAUCUGAUUCUAAGUUCACAUUAGGGUUCACCUAUCAUAUCCACAAAGGGCUGGUGUGGCUGCUGGUUUUCAUUCAUUUCAUUUCAGUCAUGCAGAACCACACAUCAUAUAACUAACCACCUGUUUAAAGACGCUGCAUUGGAGGAACGCUUGUAACUUGGAAUUUCCUAACCUCUGACUGGGAAAAGUGGAAAGUCGGGAUGAUCUUGAAAUCCAUGCUCAGCGUAUGACAUCAAAUCAGCAUCACACCAAUAGUGAUUAAGAACCACUUCUCUACCUUGUAAAUGAGAUUUUCUGUAGAUCAACCGUAAAGUUCACUGUUUUAGGAAGUUAUGACUCAUAUCGCUAACGUCGCUAAUUUGGGUAGCUUGAAGGCGGCCAGGUUUUUUUUUACACUUGAAUGCUUGGCGGUCAAAAAUGACACGGUCUCGCUCCACGUUCACUUGGGAAGUCGAAGCUCGGAACUAACUGAUGAAACCUGCGGCCACAUAAGCCCUUUGUGGAUAAGACUGGUGACCCCUGGUUUAUAUAUUCGGUGUGAAGUAAACGCAAAUUACAUGCAACUUCAUGCCUGGAUAUUACGUAAUUGUCUAUGAAUUGAGUAGAGCCCCUUAAUAAGUUAUAAGUAAAUUAGUCCUUUUUUUUUUUUUUUUUGGUUUUUUUUUUUAAAUUGAGCCUAGUCUGUUUAUUCAUGUUAUUCAACUGCUGUUGUGAAUUUGCCCUAAGAAGUAAAACCUCUGUAGGGCUGAAGGCAGUUAAGGGGCAGUUAAGGGUCAUAAUGCCUAAAAAGUCGAGCAAUAAACUUCUCUCUGUCCUCUAAAUGCUUUCCUAAAUUGUAUUGACAAAGAAACCUGAAAAUUCUCAGCAUUAGUGCUUCAAUUUUGAGCUGCAAUUCUUCAGUUCUGCACAAUUAUAUGACGCACGAGUCAUUUUGAGGUGUGUCGGCUGAACUAAACUCUCCAGGGUAGCAGAUCACCAGGUCACCAGUUGGGCACCUCUGCUCAACAUUGUGCAGAAGGUUCUGUAAACUUCGGAAGGGUUCUCUUCACCUCUGCACAUUUUAGUGUUUACUGUUCUACACACACGUUUCAGCUCAGGAAGGGCUUUUUAAUUAGUGGAUCAGUUGGAUCGAAUGUGUUAGAGCAGAACAUCAAAGUAUGUGGGCCAGAGUUGCUGCAGGACCAGGGUUGGGGACCUCUGUCCUUGAGACAGUGUCCUGUACAGAUUACAUUUGUGGUUGUUGUUUGAAGACCAUGAAACACUAGUGGUAAUGUAGGAUGGACAAGCGUCUACUUUUUGCAGUAGUUGUUCAGAUUUGCUUCUAAAACACUCCCACCAUGCACACAAUCUUGCCUCAGAGACGUUUCAUCUGUAUAUAUGAUGCACAAUUUGGCAUCUCACAAGCAACAGGCCAAUAAUAGCGUACACUGCUGAGGGCUGGAGCUGUCAGAUUCUGGACUUUCACAUUCCCUGAGCUCUGAACUGUGUGAAUUCAGAACUCGAAGAAUACUUUAAUUCCCAAGUUCUGGGGUCGGAUUCACGAAAGUGUCUUAAGAAAGAAAAUCUUCUGAAAUGUUUUUUUUUGUUUGUUUGUUUUUGUUUUUUUUUCAUUAGUA